AUGGUCGGGACGACGCCCACGCGUCGACCCGAAACCUUGAAGAUCGAUAUCUCAUGGUACAAGGGAACCGAUGAAGAUUCCCUUUUGAGAUGGUUCGUCGAGUUAGACGACGCCAUCAGGGCCCGUCACAUCGAGGGUGACGAGAUGCAAGUCACCUUCGCCCUGUCAAAUGUGACAGGACGAGCAAAGACUUGGGUCUUAGGGCUCAAGCUUCAUGACCCAAACGUGUUUGAGUCGUUAAGGAGCUUGAAGUCCCGGCUCAAAGAGACCCUCGAGCCACCAAGGGCCGAGUUCAGAGAACGCUCUGCACUCUUGAGGCUUACGCAAGGUAAGCGUGAUGUGCACGUAUACGCACAACAACAACGCUACCUUGCGAGUAGCGUCACGGAAAACCCUGUUGAUGAGCACAAGCUCAUCAACGUGUUCAUCUACGGCCUUGGGGAUAGGCCGUUGAAGACCUACAUGUUCGAAGAGGAGUUCCAUACGCUGGAAAAGGCGAUAGCGUAUGCGGAUAAAGAAGACCUCAGUCUGAGACAGUCUCAAGCUAACUCGUACAACUAUCGUCAGACGAGGCGAUAG